UGCUUUCCUGAAUAUACCGUGAAGUGCACUUUCCAACGCGCCUGACUUUCUCCUUCUCCACUUACUUUCAACUCCUACUUUCCUUAAUACCUGUGUCUCUUUCACCUUUCCAACCACUACUCGAUUUGCUACUCUACAUUGUCCCUUCUCUCCUCUUCAUCCUGCUUGUGCUGCAGGAGGAAGACAGUCUGCAAAGUUUUCAUUGUCUGUUCUUGAGCGUCUUGACUUCCCACAUUUGACUUCUUCGAGCUUGCUUUGCUGUUUCCUUACAUCCUCCUCGCCCUGACUGUUCUUGGUCAUGGACCUUGAUCUGCUUGUUUGCAGUAUUUGUCCCAAAAAUCCUUCCUUCAGUGAUACCUCCCACUUGCUCACUCAUGUUGGCUCCAAGGGUCACCUAUCUCAUCUACACAAACUUCAGGUUCGGAGCCAUCAGGAAAUUGAGGCUGGUGUUCAAUUGGCAACAUACAAUCAAUGGUACCAGCAUCAUGGCCUUGCCCGACUGCUCUCUGAACGCAUGGUCAUGAAAGAGACCAAGAAGGCUGGAAGAAGAAAAGCUGCCACAAGCAGAGGUGCAUAUGUGACCGACCGUACCCCUGCUAUCCCUGUAGAUCAGACACUUCUGCUGCAGGCUUUGCCGAAGAAAAGAUCCGCGAGAAGCCGGGCCCAAAGCCAGCAGAAGGCCCGCAGCCGUCGAAGCAAACAAGCCGUCGAUCAUGACAGCGACUUCGAGUAUAGCCCUGUCAAACGGUCAAGGCCACGACGAGCCUACACCAAAUCACCUGUCAAAGAGACCCAAUCCUUCGAUGACGAUCUCCCAAUUGGAUAUGAACCACUUGCUCUUGCCACCCCGGAGCACACCAAGUUGAAAGGAACCAUUUGGCCAGGCAUGGAUUUGUUUGAUGCAGCAACAGAAGAAAUGAGGAAGAAGAGGAAUCAACGAAAGGACGGUUCCGUGGUCAGACGAAUGGAACGGCUGUCAGCCCUGGUCAAACCCACCGAAGUUGUCUACUCACCAGGCGGCAACAUCAGAAAAGCAAGGCAUAUUGACGAUCUGGAAGACGCAAGUAGCCUCAUUGAUGGUGAAACCCCUCUCCCGAAGCCGAAGCAGGUCCCGUCUCGCAAAAGACAGCCAUUCGCAGAGUUGAACGCCAACGCUCCUCGACUUGUCAAGCGAAGAACUAAAGGCAAGUCUCCAAAGAAACGAGCUGAACAGCCCUUCGGCCCUGGAAUACCAUCGCUACCAUACCUGCCUAGCUCUUCGACGGGCGACUCAUUUGCUCUCGGAUCUCGCUUCCCUGCAACUGAAGAUGACUACGUGGACUUCAAAUCUACCGUCAACAAUGGCUCCUCUCGGAAGCGCUCAGCCCACUUCACGAUUUUCGAAGACGGAAGUCCGGGUUACGGUCCAAUCACUCCGCUAAACCAUCAUCGUAAUCCCUUUCAAGCUGAACCUCAAGCACAUCAUCUCGGCUCUCGUCAACAGCUGCCAGCGGUAUCUGCACCAUGGCUUCGACCACAACACCAAUCGGCCUUGCAACACACCACACUCUACGCAGCCCAUAGACCCAUGUCUCAGGGACUCCAAAGCUUCUGCGAAACAGCCAGUUCCAAGGAGAAUGCUGCACCCUUUGGUUCAUUCUAUCCCGGACACAGGGAAGUCAAUGCAAACCCGUUGUCAUGGAGAUCUCCCGAGCACGACGCUGCAGCCUUGGCUACCCCCUCAGAGUCGCCAUUUGGCAACUUGUUCAAUCUAUUCCCGUUCGGAGGACAUCAUGACGACCCUUUCGUGACGGCCAAAAAUCCUCUGGCGGAGGCCUUGGAACACUUCGACGAGGAAGAGUCUCAACCAGACAUCAAGCUACCAAUGGCUCGUGCCGAGACUUUGGCAGAGCAAGACCUCAAGUAGCGCGCGUUAUAUCCGCGGCCGUCACACUCCACAGAGAUAGAGCAGCCAUACUGAAGCGCGUUUGCAAGUGUUGCGGUCUGCGAUACUACCACCU